UCUAAAGUAAAGGGGUAUCACCUCACGUCAAUAUCUAUAAAAGGUUGUUCUAGUGGGCCGUCUCUGUGCCUUUACUGAAAAAAGUUUAAUGUUAGGGCUUUUGAAAAAUAGUUAUUGGCUCAAGGAACGAAAUCAUAGUUGCAAAAUCGUCAAUUAUUAUGCCCGCUAUUUUUUAAAAACAAAUCCUCUGUUCUACUCUCGCCUUACAAAUUCUUCAGAUUCGAAGGAGAGCUCUUCGAAUGGUUCUUCUACAUCGAACAAAGAAAAAGAAAACGAGGAUACUGACUCUAAUAGUACAUAUCAAUCAUACACGCCUGUGAAUAAAAUUCAAAUUUUACCUAAUUUAAAACGAACCAAACGCAGAAAUGAGGAUUUUAAAGGGAUUCCCUUUUUUAAAAUUGAUGCAAAAAGAAACGUUGUCCCUUAUCUUAUUCUUCUGACGGGUGUGCUGUUUGUUCUAUUGCCAAGCCAUAAACCCGCUGAAAUCGAUUAUCAGUCAUUGAGGCGGACUCUUUUAAAAAACGAUGAAAUUUAUAAACUUGUUGUUGUUAAUAAAAGAGUAGUUCUUGUAUACACCAAGGACAAUACUGAAAGGGACUCCUUACAGAUGGCUGAUUCGUCUAUAAACCCUCCCGCGAACCAACCAAAGUAUCAGUUUACUAUUGGUAGUCUUGAUUCUUUUGAGCGGAAGUUAGAAUCUGAUCAGCGCGAAUAUGGAUAUAGCCUGGAAGAAUACGUCCAAGUUUCGUACGUGAGAGAAACAACGCUCACUGAACUAGUAAAACACUUGCCCACGUUGGUCUUUUUGGGAUUACUCAUGUAUACGUGCAAAAAAAUCCUUUCCGGGCCACGUGGCCCUGCAACUCCGCCUGCUUUUGGGGGUCCAGGGGGAAGGAGCAUUUUUAGUAUUGGAAAAACAACGGCAAGAUUAAUAACACCGGAAACAAAAAUCAACGUGAAGUUCAAAGACGUUGCUGGUUGUGAUGAAGCAAAACUGGAGAUUAUGGAAUUUGUUAAUUUUUUGAAGCGUCCAGAAAUAUAUAGAAAACUCGGAGCGAAGAUCCCCAAAGGGGCCAUUCUUAGUGGACCUCCUGGAACAGGAAAAACUCUGCUGGCUAAAGCCACUGCUGGCGAAGCGAAUGUUCCUUUUCUUUCCAUUUCCGGCUCUGAAUUUCUUGAGAUGUUUGUUGGAGUUGGCCCCUCCCGUGUGAGAGAUCUUUUUAAAACUGCCCGGGAACACGCGCCAUGUAUUAUUUUUAUUGAUGAAAUUGACGCUAUAGGCCGCUCAAGAGGGCGCGGAGGACCUUUUGGAGGUGGCCAGGAUGAGCGGGAAAACACGCUAAACCAACUUCUUGUGGAAAUGGACGGUUUCUCGUCGACGGAAAAUGUAGUCGUGCUCGCCGGUACCAACCGACCUGAUAUUCUGGACUCAGCACUGAUGCGUCCUGGUCGUUUUGACAGACAAAUUACUAUUGAUAGGCCGGAUAUUCGAGGGCGCAAGUCUAUUUUUAAAGUACAUCUCAAGCCAAUAAAAACAAAUAUUAAUAUUAAGGAGCUCUCUGAAAAGUUGGCUACGUUAACACCGGGUUUUACAGGUGCCGAUAUUGCGAAUAUCUGUAAUGAGGCCGCACUAAUUGCCGCUCGAUAUUUUAGUUUGCAAGUUGAAUUGGUACAUUUUGAGCGAGCAAUUGAGCGGGUCAUUGCAGGCCUCGAAAAGAAGAGUAAAGUGCUAAGCCCAGAAGAAAAAAAAAUAGUAGCUUAUCACGAGGCAGGUCACGCAAUAUGUGGUUGGUAUUUUGAGCAUGCGGAUCCGCUGCUUAAAGUUUCCAUCAUCCCACGCGGCUCGGCUGCUCUGGGUUAUGCCCAGUACGUUCCUAAAGAGCAAUAUUUAUACAGCACCGAGCAGUUGAUGGACCGUGUAUGCAUGACCUAUGGAGGGCGUGCAGCGGAAGAGUUGUUCUUUGGACGAAUUACAACGGGGGCUCAGGAUGACCUCGACAAAAUCACUAAAAUUGCGUAUGCGUGGGUUACUCAGUACGGUUUUAGUAAAACUAUUGGGCGUCUUGCUUAUGUUCCGCCCAAAGAUGGCCAGCCAGAGUUUAAAAAGGCGUAUAGCGAAUCAACUGCCGAGUUAAUUGACAAGGAGGUCCGCCUUCUUGUAGACAAGGCGUACGAAAGAACCAAAAAGCUGCUGGUCGAAAAGGAACAGGAGUGCGAAAAAGUUGCCCGCCUGCUUAUGAAGCAGGAAGUUAUUUCUAGAGACGACGUUAAGGAGUUGCUGGGCCCGCGGCCCUUCAAAGAAAAACACUCGUACAAAGAAAUAGUGGAAGGCUCUUUGCAGGAUUCGGAAGAACCUAAAGCAACACCUGGAGACGGCGAAACUGAAGAAGACAAUAAAAAUAAGGUAGAUGAAAACGAGAGUUCUGAGCUCGGAGAAUUUAUACUCGCUUUCUAACUGUUUAUGAAUUUUACUGCUCUUUAAGUAUUUAAAAAACUCAACGCAUGAUGGAUUUGUAAGGAC